CCCGGCCGGGGAACCAUCCACUUCCAAAGUGUCUCCCCGCCUCAACUUUCAGAUUCGUCGGUCGAUCCAUGUUUCCAGCUGUUUCGACACGGGCCCGGAGAUUCGAAUCACAUCGAAAGUUGUUGUUGUUGUUGAACUCCAUGGGCACGGCUGGUAGCCAAACCGGGCCUCGACCCUUGUGGGAUUGAAGAAGACAAUUUCUGUGGGGUAUCCUAGCUACCUACCUAGGGAGAGCCCGAAGCUGCGAUUGCAACACCCACUGCAACUUGACGCCGGCCGCGGCGUCACGCGGGGAGGACCGAACUUGACUUCAAGCCUUUCGACGAUACCUACCUUUGACGUUGCUGUCGGCACCAUCACGUUUACUACUACAUUGGGCUUUCGACAUUAUUGUUCACAUUACAUUGCAUUCUUUGCGAUUAUCGGUUUGGAUACAGGUAAACAAACGUCCUCGCGCAUAUCUACAAUACACCUCGGCGCGCCGAACCCGAGGGUUUAUUAGAGGUCUAGCUUGCCGCGACAAAUCGCCAGGAGAUUGUACAGGAAGAAUCGGAUAGACGACGGUGAUACCAUUUAUUCCACAACAAUCCAGUGGCUUGGUGACAACAGCGUUGCAUCACAUCACGUCAAUCGCUAUCAUUGCUGCACUGCAGUGUUGAAAGGACGAACUUAUUGAGAAGCCGAGUUUCGACCUAUUGGAAUAGCCCCGACCGGCCUGCGACGAUACAAUACUGGGAAGACCAUACCUAUAAUCUAUCUAGAUGGCUGUUCUCAACAGCCACACCCAGGCUCAGCCUCGCGAUGGCAGUGCCGUGCGAAUAGUCGAAGUCGGCCCCCGCGAUGGACUACAGAAUUUCCCACGCAAUGUCCCCACGGCCGUCAAGAUUGAAAUGAUUAAACGGCUGUACGCGACGAAUCUGCGCACCAUCGAACUGACAUCCGUGGUCUCUCCCAAAGCGAUACCGCAAUUGGCAGAUUGUCGAAAUGUCCUCUCAAACCCGGAAGUUGGUGCAUUGUUGCCCGAUCAAUCUCUACGGCUUCCGGUGCUGGUGCCGAACCUCAAAGGUCUCGACAUUGCAGUGCAACACAAAGUCCGAGAGGUCGCCGUCUUUGUCAGCGCAAGCGAAGGGUUCAGCAAAGCAAACACGAACUGCACGGUUGAAGAGGGCUUGCAACGUGCAGAAGCGGUCGCUCGAAAGGCACUGCAGCAGGGUGUGCAAGUGCGAGGGUACGUCUCGUCUAUUUUUGCCUGUCCGUACGAUGGACCUACGCCGCCUGAAGCCGUGCUGCGCUGCGUCAGGCGUCUGUUGGAUGCGGGCUGCUACGAAGUCAGUCUGGGCGAUACUUUGGGCGUUGGUGUUGCGGCCAAAACUAAGAGUUUGAUUAACUAUCUGGUUUCAUCGGGGAUUUCAGUGCAUGCUCUGGCGGGACAUUUUCAUGAUACUUAUGGCCAAGCAGUCUCGAAUGUCUGGGCUGCGUAUGAAUGUGGAGUGAGAGUGUUUGAUAGUAGCAUUGCAGGUCUGGGAGGAUGUCCGUAUGCCCCCGGGGCGAAAGGUAAUGUUGCUACCGAGGAUUUGGUGUAUUUAUUCCAUCAAGCCGGAAUAUCGACAGGCGUGGAUCUGGAUGCACUUGUGGAAACUGGCGUUUGGGUGUCGAGUAUGUUGAGCAGAGAAAAUGAGAGCCGGGCUGGAAAGGCAUUGGCUGUGAAGAAGGGAUUGAAACUAGGAGGUCCGAAGAAAGCGACCAGUAAACCCUCGCCAGCUUUGACUUGGGAAAACGUGGGCCAAAGCAGUGCGGACGACGAACUCUUGGUGCAAAAGUCCGGGGUCAACAUCAAAAUCACCCUCAACCGACCUAAGAACGGCAAUGCUUUGACAAGCACCAUGAUUGAGAAGUUGACAAACUUUUUUGAGCAUGCAGCCACCAAUCACCCGGCCAUCUCGCGUAUUGUUAUUGCGGCCAACGGGAAAUACUUCUGCACGGGGAUGGAUCUCAGUGCCAAGGGCACCCGUGUCUCGAAAGGCGGUUCAUCGACCGAAAUACAAUAUCAGAUCCUGACCAAGUUGUUUGAGGCUAUUGAUCGCGCGCCACAGGUGACAAUUGCCUGUGUGCAAGGCCCGGCCUUUGGCGGUGGCGUCGGCUUGGCUUUUGCGUGCGAUGUCCGGAUAGCUGUCCGUUCGGCCUGGGUAAAAUUGAGCGAAGUGCGGUUGGGGUUGUGUCCGGCCACCAUCUCCAAGUAUGUCAUUAGAGAAUGGGGGUUUGCCUUUUCAAGAGAGGCCAUGUUGUCGGGACGUCAGGUGUCGGCAGAAGAGCUCGCCGCGCGUGGUGUGGUUGCAAAAGUGGCAGACGAUGGCAACGCCAUGACAAAAGUGCUGGACCAAUAUCUUACUGAGCUCAGGGGAUCUGCGCCCAAAGCCAGCACCAUGUGUAAAGAUCUCAUCCAGCUGGCUUGGGCCCAUGCUGGAGAAGCCGCGCAGUUGGAGGGCAUCAAGAAGAACUUUGAUCAAAUGAUGGCCCCGGAUGCUGAGGCUGCAUAUGGUGUUGGGCAGUUGCAAAAGGGUGUCAAGGCGGUGGAUUGGGACGCGAGGAUGACUGGGGAGUCCAAGGACGAUGCCCUCAAAGCGAAGUUAUAGCCAGUACAAGUUGAAUACGAUCAUGUUAUCAGUACAGGACAACUUGAACUUGACCAUGAUGUUGUUAGUACAUGUCUGUCACCUCGGAAUGUGAAAUGGGCCCACGCAGCCGGCAGGUGGGAAGACAAAGUUGUUGUACCGGAUAGCUCUCUUUUUUGACGAUGAGUACUACUACCUAGGUAGUAUUGCUUCAGCACACACUGGCAGCACCUUGCGUGGUACCCUGCGUGAGCCGAGAGACAUGCAGUGUCGGUCUGCGAAGUCGACUGCAUUUCGACGAAUGAGAAGA